AUGUGGAAACUCCCCGAAGCCCCGCAGCCGGGUCAACAAGCUCAGCAAGAAUCACCGCAAGAACCACCAGGAACAGCCGCGUCUGGCAAUCGAGGCAGCGGACAAGACCAUGAACAGGUAUCGACUGCUCCGAAAGAUGCACCAACAUCAGCAUCCGGUGGCGGUGGGCAUCGCUCAAUUAGCGCCGAAUUCAACGUCAACCCAGUGACUGGAACGAUGAGCCUAAGUCUUCCAAUCUACACGUCGCCAGGACGGUCGAACUCGGGGCCCAAAUUGGCAUUGAACUAUGACUCGGGGAGUGGGAACGGGGUCUUUGGAGUCGGAUGGCAGUUAUCCACCCUGAGUAUUGCGAGGAAGACCUCCAAAGGGAUUCCCCAGUACGAUGGAUCGGAUGUUUUCAUUUUGUCCUCGUUUGACGAUCUGGUUCCCAUGCGAGCCGGGGACAGGCAGCAGCUCGUGACAGAAGAUGUCGUCGUAGAUGGAGUUACUUACUGCGUGCAGCAAUACAAACCUCGGGUCGAGACGGAAGUAACUCGAAUCGAAUGCUGGACAAGGAAGGACGAUCCAAAUGACGUCCACUGGCGGACUGUGACCGCAGAAAACCAGACGACCUUCUUUGGAGAAGAAGAAGACUCUAGAGUGUUUGACGGUGUAGAGAAAGGAAUUGAGACGCGAAUAUUUUCGUGGCUAGCCAGUCGCACUGUCGACGCCGCUGGGAAUGCAAUUCACUUUGAAUACAAACCAGAAGACUUUCACGGAGGCGAGCUAUUGGACCCAGAAGAUUCUAUCUGCGAGGUGAAUCGCUCUGAUAGGUCUCGGCGCCGGAUGAGGUAUCUCAAGCGUGUGCAGUAUGGAAAUGUCUAUCCCAGCCGUGACAUGGACACUUGGAAAAUCAUCAAGUACACAAAAGCUUGGAUGUUCGAAGUGGUGUUCGAUUACGGUGACCACGACUUCCUCAAUCCGAGUCCUGAGGAGCAACGGCCAUGGAAAAUCCGUGAAAACCCUUUCUCCGUCCGAUCUGCUGGCUUUGAGCUCCGGACAUAUCGAUUAUGCCAGCGGAUCUUGAUGUUUCAUCGAUUUCCGGAGCAGAUGGAGGGCAGGGAGUAUGCCCUUGUGUCCUCGACCGAGCUCAACUACACCUGUGACAACGGAGUGACCCUUCUCAAAUCCUUCCAGAGCACAGGAUACCUGCCCGUGAGCGCAAAAGGAGAGCAUGGAAUUUAUCGUGAAACUCUCCCACCAGUUGAACUCGAAUACACCCAGAUAACAGAUGCACUGGGAGUGGAGGUGAAAGAAGUACCACCCGACACACUGCACCAAAUUUCGACUCCAUUGGGGUGGAAAACGGAAUGGAUCGACCUCGACGGUGAAGGAGCGCCAGGCUCUCUGCUGGAAGUUCCUGGGGGAUCAUGGAAGUAUCAGCGCAACGAGAUGCUGAAAUCGUCCACUCCAGAGACUUUUGGGCCCAUAAGAGAACUCCCCCUACGUCCAAACACAUCUACCCAAGAUGGUCAUUAUUUUGAGGAUCUCAGCCGGAGCGGACGGAUGAACGUAAUCUGCUUGGAUUCGACUGGCGCACUUGAAGGCUUUUACGAACGGUCGGGCGCAGAAGCACAACAGUGGACGCCCUUGAUACCGUUUCCCUCGACCCCAUCUGUGCCAAUCCAAGGCUCUGCAACCAGGAGAAUUGAUCUGACGGGCAACGGCUUGGCAGAUCUUCUGCACGAGGAAUUGAACGGCGAGAUCUUUUGGUAUCCCUGCCUGGGAAAGCGAGGAUUUGCGCCCGCACAAAAGGUAGUUCUGCCUGCCGACGCGCCUCGGCUGGUUUCUUACGAUACCCUACGGCAGAUAUAUCUUGCAGACAUGACUGGUGAUGGUCUGGCGGAUAUCGUCGAAGUACAACCGGGGAAGACCUCUUACUGGCCGAAUCUGGGACACGGACGGUUCGGACGCAGGAUUACCAUGGGCCGUAGUCCAAUUUUCGACAAUCAAGACCAUUUCAGUCAUCGUAGGCUUCAUCUCUCGGAUGUGUGUGGUUCUGGCACGACAGACAUGGUCUACCUACCCCCCGGUGGAGGCAUCCACAUCUACUUCAACCUGGCCGGGAAUCGAUACAGCGAUGUCAUGAUAAUUCCCAACUUUCCCUCCUUGAAUACUACGUCGUCGGUAUUUACUCUUGAUCUUCUCGGGAAAGGAGUCAGCUGUCUGUGUUGGACUGGGCCAGAUGCCGCUGGGACGACGCCUUCAACGUUGCGAUAUGUGGAGCUUACCGGCGGGAUCAAACCCUACCUGCUCCGACGUUAUAGAAACGGCGUUGGCGGCACGACAAAAGUUACCUACCAACCUUCGACCAAAUACUACUUAGAUGACGAGGAGAAUGGGCACCCAUGGACCACAAGAUUACCGUUUCCGGUACACUGUGUAGCGCAGGUCGUGACAGAGGAUUGUGUGGCUCAAACGUCAAAAAGGAGCCGAUAUGCCUACCACGAUGGUCACUUUGAUGGGGUAGAGCGGGAGUUUCGCGGGUUUGGAAUCGUCGAGCAUUGGGACGAGGAAGAAUUCGGAGGCGGGAACGUUUAUCUGCAACGACCUCCCAUCCGAACGAAGGAGUGGUAUCAUGUAGGCGCAGCGACAAGCUUGAUGGACGGACGAUGCCAAGAAUCUCGCUUGUCGUCGUCUCACAAGUUUCCGGCAAAGCUGAAACCGGAGGAGGAGUUCGAGGUUCACCGAGCGCUGAAGGGCCAGAAACUGAGAGAGGAGCUGUACAGCGACGACGCCUCAGACCAGGCACAUCUACCAUACUCGGUCGAAGAGCUCUCAUAUGAGAUCCAUCGUGUGCAGGCUGCCUCUGAUGAGAAGAAUGGUGUCUACCGCGUCUCGCCACGAGAAUCCGUAAAGACGGCGCAUGAGCGCCAGGAGGCAGAUCCUCGAAUCGAACGUGUACUUACACUCGAAGUGAAUGAGUACGGAGACGUCCUCAAGUCGCUCACAAUACAUCACGGUCGUCAGAACAGCGAUCUCUCGGAUGCGAAGGGACGGCGUCAACAGGAAAUCACCUGGGGUAUAUACACCGAGAAAAUCCUCACGGACGCCGUCAUUGAGCUGGAUUGCUUUCAGAGGCCACAGCCGGCUUUGAAUCGGCAGUUUGCAAUUAUUGGCCUGAAUUGGCUGGCAUAUCCUGACAUCGAAGCAAUCACAGCGAAUAACUUGGCUUAUUUAAACGAGAUGGACGUCAUCCCGUAUAGGAUGAUCGACUUGUACGAUGGGCCGACGCCGCGGAAGAGCCUUGUUCAGGAACAACGGCAUUACUACCUCGACCGAACGCUAUCAGAGGCGCUUGGAUGGAGAGAGACCACGGCCUAUUCAGUUUUGGAUCGCUCGUACGACCUGGUCUUUCAAGAGGAAACCCUCGAGAAGCAUUUCCUAUUGACAGGUCUCAUAUCCCAAGCCAGUCUCGACCUGGCUAUUGAUCAAGGCGGAUACGUGCGACUUGAGCACGAGGCUGGUAUCUGGAAUCCGUCAUCACGAAAAAUAUUCUCGCAGAACACCGCGGAGAAUCUGCAGACAGCACGCCGCUCCUUCUACCAGCCGUCUGUGACGAUCGACCCAUUCGGCGCUGUGGAGGUCCUAGAAUUGGACGAGUACCAAUGCCUGCCCAGACGUACUAUAGAUGCGGUGGGGAAUAUAAUCUCUUUCGACAAUGAUUAUUGGCAUCUGCAACCAUCCCAGACAAUCGAUAUCAACGGCAAUCGACUCCAAGUGGCUUUUGACGCUUUCAGCUGCAUUAUCGGUACAGCUCGGAUGGGUAAGAAGACAGAAGAGCUGGGUGAUUCACUCCAAGAUUUCGAGCCCAUUGUUGGAGAUGAGACGAUGGAAGCAUUCCUGGAUGAUCCCUGCGGCGCGCACACACGAAAGCUUCUUGGUGGCGCGGGCACUCGCAAUUUACUGUACCGAGGCCGGUUCGAGAUGGUCCAAGACAUGCUGAAGCCUGUCAUACCCGCGUUCCAAGCGACGAUCACCUGCGAUGCACACUAUCGAGAUCGAACAGAGGAUUCAUCAGUGGGAAUUUCAAUUGCCUACCUUGACGGUAGCGGUGCCACCCUGCAGACGACUAUGUUAUGCCGACAGGCUAAAGGGGAAUCCCCGGCCCAGUGGCGGAUUAGCGAGUGGGUGAUCAAGGACAGCAAAGGCAAUCCAGUGCGAGUCUGCCAGCCCAAUUAUGCGCCGGACCAUCACUUUCGCUUUGAGGCCAAUAUUGAUUCGCCAAAGGUGACCAAUCUUUUGGACCCUCUAGACCGUGUGCGUGGAGUCCUCCAACCCGAUCAUACAUGGAGCAAACAGAGAGUGACUCCAUGGUCGACGAUUGACUACGAUGUCGGGAGCACUAUCACUGUCGAGAACCCAGCGCUGGAUCCGGAUGUUGGGCCGUUUUUCAAAUCUUUAACAAGGACUGAAUAUUUACCGAACUGGCUGGAACAACAGAAUCAGAAGGAUGAUAAUUCGACGGCAGAGAAGUCACUUGUCUACGCUGGGAAACGGAGCAUAACAUGCUUAGAUUCGCGUGGCCAGCCUAUCGGCACUAAUGUCAUCCUCGGAAACGGCAAGAGUCUCUAUACACGACAAACAUACAAUAUGGCAGGCCAUGUAGUCGCCCAGUACGACGUCCUGGACAGACUUAUUCAGGUGCAGGAUUUUGACUUCCAAGGCCGAGUGUUAGUCACCAGAACAAUGGAUUCCGGCCAGGAGACGGUGCUCCCGGACUGCCAAGGGAAACCAGUAUUUCGCUGGACACACCCAACUCGACGCUUCCAUUAUCUCUAUGAUCUCAAAGGUCGCGAAAUUGAGAAGCGACUGACAGACACCGAGCAGGGCCUGACAGAUGUCGUUCUUCAGCAGAUCAUAUACGGAGACUCCCAAGCCGAUGGGGCAGAUCGGAAUUUGCGAGGACACAUUGAGCGUGUGUGUGACCAGUCCGGAGAACUCAAAAACGAGAAGCUGGAUUUCAAAAGCAACUGUAUAGCACAGGUCUACCGGCUCGCGGCGAACUACAAGGGAGUCUUGAAUUGGGAUGCGACUGUAGAGCUGGAAGCUGAGCCGUUCUGCUCCUACGCCUCUUUUGAUGCGUUGGAUCGAGUAGUGCAAGCGACAGAUGCGAGUGGUUGCCACACCAUAACUUCGUACGAUCUGUUGGGUAACGUGAAAACGGUGACUGCUCGCUUGAAAGAUGAACGUUCCUCACGCCCGCUGGUCUAUGAUAAGACCUACGGACCAGAUGGCAGCUUGCUGAAGAUCAUCUACGGCAACGGAAGUACUCUCGACCAUGUCUACGACCGAGCAACCCGCCGUCUCGUUCGAAAAACCCUCUCUCGAACAAACCGCCUUGGUCGGUCGCAUCAUGUUCAGGACAUGCACUACUCUUGGGACUGUAUGGGGCGCACAGUCCGAAAACGGGAUGCGGCCCAGCAGUCUUUGUACUUUCGCAACAGCCGGACAGACCCCGAAUGGACAUACAAUUACGAUGCCCUGGGCCGGUUGGUAUCCGCCACGGGCCGUGAACAGGUUGAUUCCUCGAAUGCUGGAGCCUAUCGUCUGCUUGCUCCGGGUCCUCAAAAGCGGCCCUCCCUCGGUUUGGAGAUGUGUCAGUACCGCGAGAUUUAUCGCUAUGAUGAUGCGGCGAACAUUCUCUCGAUGCAUCAUGUGGCCCUCAACGUCCCCUCUAUUGCGGGUUGGACUCGGCGAUUUGAGUACAAGGCUGCUAGUCAGCUCCAAGCAGAAGUGAUGGGCAAUCGACUCACGCGUACGGUGACCGGAUCAGUCCGCGAGCGCUACGGGUACGGUCCCUCUUCGGCUGGCCAGCGUGGCUGCAUGACGUCCAUGGCUGGCUAUUCGAUUCUCAGCUGGAAUCACAUGGACAAACUGUGGUGCUCUUCUCGCCAGAGCACGCGGGAUAAGAGCGUCCGUGAGCAGACCUGGUACGUGUACAACGCGGCCGGAAUGCGAAUCCGCAAAGUCACUGAGCGAGGGGGUGUCUCAGCGCACAAGAUGAAAGAGCGAAUCUUCUUCCCUGGAGUUGACAUAUAUCGGACCUACUCGGGAGAUGGAAAGGCACUUCUUAAAGAGAGAGUGCAGAGCCAUAUUCAGAGUACAUCAACAGGUGCCGUCGCCAUCUUGGAAAGGGGCAUAGCCGACAGCAAGGGCCAGUCAUCAUUGCUAGUCCGAUAUCAGCCUGGAGACAGUAUUGAGUUGGACGACGCAGCCGGACUAAUCUCUUACGAGGAAUAUACUCCCUUUGGCUCGACAAUAUUGUGUGCUUUUACCCACGAUGUCGAAGCCCCGCGAAAAUACCGCUACGCAGGGUACGAGCGAGAUUCGGAGACGGGUCUCUUUUUCUGUGACCAGCGAUACUACGCGCCGUGGCUAGGUCGCUGGAGCAGUCCUGACCCCCUGGGUCUUGUUGAUGGGGCCAAUCUAUAUCAAUAUGUCCGCAAUGAUCCGGUGAACAUGAUUGAUCCCACGGGAACAGCAGGAUUUCGCGAUAAAUACCCUGACUUCUUCCCUAAGGAAUCGCGGAUACCCGGUGACGGGGGCGGAACCCGCGAGGAGAUGGCAAACGACCCAGAUAUGGGCAAGCCAUCUAAAGAAGUGAAGCGACAAACUCGAAAAGCGUUCGAGAAAGCCGGGAUUGUGAACCUGAAAGGACUCAAGCCACAGAAAGGAAAAAUGGGUGCCCUGGGCCAGAAACACCAUAUCAUGUCGCAGGACUGGGAGGGAUCAUUCCGACUAUUGGGAUUCGAUGUUCAUGCGUUCACCCUCUACUGCUCAAAGACAGCAAAUACCGAUGUGGGCGGAAAAGGGGACGGCCGUUGGAAUAGGUUCUGGGCGAGGGUUCGGGAAAGAGCCUAUCACACCAAUGCUCAGCGCCACGACGACUCCGACUCGGACGGAGAGCCUGGCUCCAAAGCGGAGUACACGUUGACUCGCAAGGACGUGAAGAAAUACAUUCGCAAGAAUCGCGAAAAGCUACGCGAGGAUGUCGUCGACAUUGUCCAAAAAAAUUUGAAUGAUUUCGUUCGCGCCUGUGACUUGGACGAUGUUGAACAGCUCUCCCCAUACAUGGUCGCCGACUAUUAUAAGAGUACCAGAGUCGACAUUAUGCCGCUAUACCUCCCGGACGAGAUCGAAACACUGGAGAAGGGAAUCGAGGCGCAAAAAGAAUCGAAAAGAACCCCUGAAGAGGCCCUGCAAAACAUUGCGAGUAACAACGUAAUGGACGCGAUGAAAAUGUUGGAUAUCAAGAGCGCCAUAGAGAGACUUCUCGACUACGGCAAAUUGAUGAAAGCAGACCUAACCUGUUUGAACAACUUCAGACCAUUUUGA